AUGGCGCCCAUGAAAUCACCGAGAUCCAACCACACCAGUAGUAAUUAUGGCGAGGGCAUUGUCCGCCAGGCCAAUAUCCUCGCCAGUUGCUACGGGCCGAGUGGUAUUCCUGAGGUCCCUUCGACGGGACUUCCAUCGCCGCCAUCAAGCCCCCCCCUCGCGGCCCUCACGACGACCAACCAGCUCGCGCUGACCCCCAAGGCGAGGUCACCAUCAUCGCGCGCCAGCAGCGUUGGUCGCAACGGCUCCGGCACUAGUGCCUGGCAUCGCCGUCGAGGGGGGGCAGCACUGCGCAUCAGGGAAGAAUGUGAGAGGUUCUUCUGUGAGACGCUGCGCGUCAUGUUUCUGGGUGAGAGGAACGCGACGAUGCAGAGCUCCGGCCUGGCCAGUGUUAACGACAACUUUGACAACGUCAACCAUAACAACAACAUCUUCGACCAUAGCGGCAGCAACGACAUCAGCCGCAACGACGGGCACGGACGUGCACCUGUAAUGGGGCAUUACGGCCAGCUUACGCCGCCGGACGACUUCCCAAUUACGGGUGAAACCAUGAUGGGUCAUCAACGGCGCCAGGGUCACGACGCACGACGGGGCAUCACCGGCUGGCUGGAAAUUUGGGACUACGCUGGUGGCUCGAGCUUCCGCGGCUUCGUGGCGGAAGAUGCUAGCCGGGGAGUCACGUCGUUGUUCGUCUUUUUUGAUGCACACUCCAUUACUCGUGAUAUGAAGCAGGCACUCGUUGCUCUUAUUGAGCUGGCCGAGGGGCCUCUUGCUUGCUCUCACAUGGUCAUUUGCAUUGAGCGAUCGAUACCCGAGGAGGAAGCAAAAGCAUUGACGAAGGGUCUUCAAUGGGCGGGUUUCUCGCUUACCACACUUGACUUCUGGUCGAGUGGAUUUGAUGUUCUGAGCGAUCGCUGGCUAUUCAUGGGCAUGGAGAUUUAGGCGUCCGAGGCGUGUGGCUACAUUUCGUUUAUUCACAUUCAUCUGCGACUUUUCCUGCCGCUUGCUCUUCAACUUCGCCCCUUUUGACCUUUUUGUUGAGGCUGUCUUCGUUGGCAAUUAGCGUUAUUCAUAGG